GGAGCUAAAAGGAAGGGGGGGUAGGGGUGUUGGGUCCGUCUUUCCCCUGCCGUGUCCCCUUUUCUCAGCUCGGCGCAGACGCCAUGUUGGUUUGAAGGGAAGAUGACAAGAGGCGGCUGCAGUAGUAGCGGCAGCGGUGGCGGGCGAGGGGUCCCCCAGAGCGGCUGGUGCUGAGGAAAGGGCUCUCGUCUCCCCCCUUCUCUUCCCUGCCUACUUGUCCGCUCCGGCGCUGAGCGAAAGGGGCGAGCGGCUCGGUCGUGUCAGUUGUGGGGGGGUUAAGCCAACCGUCUGCUGAGCUGAGGGAGCCCCUGGAAGAGGAGGGGGAGGAAGAGGCGGAGAGGGGACGGCGAAGGAGCAGCAGCCACGGCGGCGGCGGCGAUGAGAGCAGAGACCUGAAGGGAAGAAGCGGCGGGUGCUGCUGCCGCUGCUACCCCAAGAGGCGACUGCGGUUUAAAUCCCCCCUUGAGCUGCCGCUGCUGCAGUUUGAGGGGGGAGGGUGUUGAUUCUUCUGUCCUCCCCCCCCUUUAUUUUCCCUUCCCCCUCCCUUUUGGGUGCUUGGGGGACUCAGUGUUGCAAAGCCUCCAGGAAGGGCCCGAAAGAGGAAGAGAAGCGGAACCCUGCCCCUGCCAAGCUUCUUAUCUCACUUUUACUUCGGGAGGAUUGUGAAAGGGACGGGGGGGGGGGGGCGGGGGACUAGGAAACAGCCCAACAACUUCGGGUCCGGAUCAGGAGGAGGAGGAGGAAGGACGGUCGCUUUACUUUAUCUGCCGGAGUGCCUGUCGCACGUCUUUAAUGAGGUGACUCGGACGCAGAACUAUCCUCUGAAUCAUCCCCGUCAUUCAUUAUUGGCCUGAGCUGGAGAGGAGCGACAGAGCGGUGGGGGGGAAGCCUCCACACAAUUCAUGUCCUUGUGUACUUCUGCCUGGUCUACCUGGCACUGCUGCUUGGUGGUGCUGCUGCUGACAGGGAUCUGCUGCCAUCUCUGGUCUCCCUGGUGUUCCUUUGCUGAUCGAGCCAUUUAACGCCGGUUCCUCCUGGAUUUUUCCUCCCCGGUCCAACAGUUUCCUUGCUGUGGUUCAGCUACUUUUAUUGUGGAGGAGAGAAAAAGAAAAAAGAAAACUCAGAACUUAACAGACGCCAAAGAUUGGUUGGCUGGAAGAUCGCUUUGCUGUAUGAUCUUGGCUGGCUUAUAAGAAUUUCUUGUUUUGUGUUAUUUGAGACCGGCAGGGUAAUUUCAAGAUGUCCAGCAGUGUCCCAUCUGAUAUGAUAAAUUUGCGCCUCAUCUUGGUAAGUGGAAAAACAAAAGAAUUCUUAUUCUCACCAAAUGAUUCGGCAGCAGACAUCGCAAAACAUGUAUAUGAUAAUUGGCCAAUGGACUGGGAAGAAGAGCAGGUGAGCAGUCCGAAUAUUCUGCGGCUUAUUUAUCAAGGACGGUUUCUUCAUGGCAACGUAACAUUAGGAGCAUUAAAACUUCCAUUUGGCAAGACAACAGUGAUGCAUUUGGUGGCAAGAGAGACAUUGCCAGAGCCAAAUUCUCAAGGUCAGAGGAAUCGUGAAAAAACUGGAGAGAGCAAUUGCUGUGUAAUCCUGUAAAAGCUCUGCUGUUUCUGCUACUUGUGAUGUAAAAUAGUUUUUGUUUUUCAUGCUGCUGGACUAGAGGAGACCAACAUCGCUUCAGACACCCUUAGGAAGAGCCUAUCUGUGAAUCCAUUGAACUGAAACAUUACAUGAACACUGUCGCAUAUGUUUUUUUUCUAGAGCAAUGAACACUUUCCCCCCUACUUUUUGGUUGUUGAACAAACUUAUUAAUACAUCACUUCUCCAAUGCAUUCUGUCUCCAAGAAAAGGUUAACUAUUCUCUUCAACAGGAAUCAUUUUGCUGCCAUAAAAUCAUCCUUAACCUGAACUAUAACUAAUCAACAUUUCUAGAUGCAAUUUGCACUAAAAAAAGGUUGAAAGUAUAUAGACCUCAUCAACAAAAGUUCUAAGUAUUUCAAACAGACAGAAAUGAUUCAGCACUGGAAAACACUAUCGGCAGUCUUUUUUUUUUAAUUAUUAUUCAGUAAUGGCCAACUGAAGGAGGGGAGGAAUAAUUACUAAAUUCUACCUAAAGUUAACCUUAGUGGCCAAACUGGCACAAAAUACUAACUAAAAUUAAGUCUGACUUUAGACAUUAUAUAUUUUCACUGCAACAAACUAUGUGCCUGUAAUUUUUAAGCACUCUGUAGAGGGCUGUUCAAACUGAAUUUUUUUUUCAUUAACAUGCACUCUUCUCUCUUACAUUAGUUGAGUGCUUGUUCAGACAGCACAAAUAAGUGCAGAGAGUGCAUUUCCUAGCCUUAAUAUGGGAGGGGUAAUUUCCUGUAGUUCAUAGGCUUUUAUUAAUGUGCAUAAAUAUUAGAAGACCUCAUUUACUAAUCAAUUUUAUGUCUUUGAAUAUCAACAAUUGAUGUUUUUUGGUCAUUCUUCUUCAUCUGUACCUUUGUGUCCAGUGUCAUGCUUACUCAUUAGUGACUUCAAAGGAAUAACUAAAAGAAAAAAGGACAAAAAAAAAUCCUCUGCCAUAUGAUGACUUUUUGUUUAUGUAAUCUGCAUUUGGUAUUAGUGCUUGCAAUUGUAUUGGAAAUCAGAAGCUGGUUUUUAAAAGCAUAUGUAGUUAGUUACAAAGGAUGCCAUUCUUUUAUUUCAUACAAAUAAUUUAAAAAUUGAUAUGCUAAAAUGAUUUUUUGCACAGCACUAAAGCAUGAGUUAGUU